AUGAUGGACUCUUCAGUCAACUACACAUUCCAGCCUACCCGAAGAGAAAGCAAAGACGCACUCCUGGUGCACGGUGGCGGUUACAAGGCUAUGUCACACCGCAAUUCAGAGACAGGCACGUCGGUGAACAUGUUCCGUAGAGUUCUCGGCGCCUUUGGGUUCCCGACCGCACAAGGUUUCGAAUCCGUAGCAUGGUCGAUGCGAUGGCCCGAGCAUGACUGUGCAAACAUCUUCGACAUGGCUCCUGCGCCACCCCCCGCCAUCCGCUGCUUCAACAUCACGCAUCUGAGCCUCGGUCACUUCGACUUUGGCCACGGUUUUCCCCUGGAUACCUACACAUGCAUCAACUUCUCCAGCAUACGCCGGCUCGAACUGGAUGACUGCCAGCUGCUACCCCGCUUCCUCAGACACUUCAUGGCUACUGACGUCAGUCUUCAGAAGCUGGACGUGCAGAACUGGGACUACGCUGAAGAGCUUUGGGAGGAGAAUCCCAACGGUCUUGAGGCGUUUCUCGCUUCAUUCUCGACCCUGAAAGACCUCAAAGUCGUCUCGCUCAACCCUUGGCAGCCGGACUUGGCUCGGAUGAUCUCCAGCCAUUCCGACCUGGAGUCAUGUGAUCUGAGCUUUGGGGCGAACUCUCUCAACGUAGGUAUGCUGAAGAAAAUCUUGGCUAUCCGUCCCAACCUCAAGCGGCUGGGAUUUCGACACUUAAUGUUUGGACUACCAUGGAAGCACGACGGCUUCGCUGGGAAGAUACAUGGCGUUACCGGAGCGCAGAUCACCGGCUUCGACAACCGUUUUGCCGCCUACGCCGAGGUUUUGGCAAACUUCUCUGAGCUGGAAACGGUCGUUGCGUACUUCGAGCCGUUUGAGAGCGAUGGUGGCUCUUCCAAGGAAGGCCCAGGAGGCGACAAUCCUCCUGACGACCCCAUGUAUCAACGUCUCUCGGAUCGUAUUCUGCAAGAGAUCCGCAGGGUAGCCAGUAAGAACGGUUUGGGAGAGUCGAAGGUUGCAACCAUGGUCCUGCACGACAAGGCUCUCGCAGGUGAGGCUCUCCUCGGUGAAGAGGAUGUAGUUGAUCAGAACUACUAUGAGAGGGAAUAUAAGUACAAGAGCGGUACUAGUAGCAAGAUGAGCUUCCUUGCAUAG